GCCAAAUUUUUAUGGAUAUUACAUCACAUUACGUUAAAUCACCUGCUUUAAAAAGUGGUUUUUCACGAUUAAAAAAAAGCAGAUUUUUCAUGAUUCACUUUGGUGGCGCAUUACUCGGACUAUUUGUAAACAACCUAUCGAUUAUUAAUCAUCCAAACCCCUUUCCACAAAUAGCUGAUUUCACCUUCGCACUGUUUAAAAUUUAUAUUCAGUAUAAAUGUUCUUUGAAGAAGCUACAGUCGUACUCUGGCUUAUUACUCUCCAAGAGUUUCGGAUCUAGUUCUGCCUUGGCCAAGCGUGGCUGAGUGCUGGUAAAAUAUUCUUGCAAUUUGAAAGUCGAAGGAAAUGCAUGCUGCUGUGGAGGAAGUGGACUUGGAUCCGUGUGACUUAUAUACUGUUUUGGGAACUUUAAUAGUUGAAGGUAGACUUCCUGGUAUAUCUGAGAAAGGUUUUGGAGAAGGCCCUCAUUGUGCCAAUCCUCAAGGCCAAAAUAGACACCAGUGUGAUCAGUCUUCAUCUGAGUGUCAGAAAUAUGAGCAGAUACUCAAGCAUAUGCUUUUGUUGUGGAAGAAUAGCAUCCCUAUGACAAUUGAAGUCUUGCUGUACCCCAGCUGCUGUACACCUUUCCAGAAUGUGGAUUCAGUACCUGAUCUGCCAUACAUCCUAAUUGAACAAUGGACAAUUCACAUGCUUCCACGAAGGGUUCCAGAUGCGAGCAUAACUUCAAGAGGCUUAAUCCAAGCUGUUCGGUCUUUCCUUUAUUUCUCUCAGCUCUGUGCUUGGUACAGCUCAUCUGGGGGGAAAUCACCACAAAAUGUUCAUUACAGGGUUUGUGUUCCUGGAGAAGCGUUUUCCAGCAGAUUUUCUUCCCAACCUGAUUGCCAUAUUUUUCCUGUAGCAAAUGUUGGACGCAGCUCUGCCAUGAAAGUUCUGGUGAAAAGCCUCCCCAGAUGUGGAGCCAUUCCUAACGUUCCUUGCCACAAACAUUCCGACCCACAGUUACCUUUAAAAAGCAGAGUAGAAGCUCCAGAAAGUAUUAAAUCUUCUGUUGGAGAAUAUCCAUGUGAUGGAAUCUUGUCUACAGGAGUGUCUUCCAGGACUAACAGCCCUGCUGAUACAAUGCUUGGAGAAAGCUUACUUGAUCCUCCAAACUCCCUUUGCAUGUAUCCUAAAAGAUAUCAGUCUCCAUCAAGGUGUGGUAGCCCUAGUAUUGAAGUUCCGGAACAUCUCAUGUUUGGGAAAGCAGGCCACAAGCGCGAGGAACAAGUUUCGAAGAGGAAAAGCAGGCCCCAGAGACGACCUGUUGUUGAAAGGUUUUUAAAGAAAGAUAUGGGUGAUUGCAGCAUCAGUGAUUCAAAAUCAAUGAACUUCGACAAAAGCUACACUCUGAAAGACCCAUCUUUAAACUUUCUAUCUCAGAAAAGAGAUCCAGUUUUAAAUUAUUGUGUUGAUGACUCUCUGAAACAUGUUCCAAAAGAGGAAAUGGAACAUGUUUUGGAACGAUUGCGUGAUAGACAUGUGCACAAGAAAAGCCUUCAUGCAGACCAUGACAAAAGCUUGAUUGACAAUGGGACUAAUCUGAAGGAGAAAUCCUUGUCUAAAUACUUUGAGAAGAUGAAUAUUAACCCAGCUUUAUUGGAUGGUAGUUAUAACUCAAAGAAAGCACCAUUUUUAAAACUUUCUGAGUGUUCCGAUCUCAAACCUAGUUACAAGCAACCAUUGUGGUUAAUCAAAGAAUCAAAUAAAAAACCUUGUGAUAGUGAGUCCAAAUCCAUAUCUUCUAGUGAUAAACCAUCCCCUUCAUCAGACAUUCAAAAUCAUUGGUCGUUACAACCGCACAAUAGCUCUCUAAUGCAUCUUAAAGAAUCCAACCCCACCAACCUACUACCAAAUAAGGUUAACUUCUUUCAAUCACCUUCCUAUCUUAGUCAUAAAAGGAAUGACAGCAAUGCAUUUCAGACCUUAAAACAAAAGUCAAGCCGCACUCCACAAAAUACCUCUCAAUCAGAAUAUGCUAUCAACAAACCAUAUCAAAGAAAUAAUUACUGGAAUAGUGUUCGCAAUUCAGAAAUCCAUCCAAAAUACAGUUCUGUAAAUAUCAAGAAAUGUGGUGCUCUUCUUCCCAAAAACAGUGAUGAGCUGUGUGAUGAACGGGAGUUGUCUGGAUUGAAUGAUGACCCUUCUGUUACAUCCGAUGCUAACAUUGAGGAUAAGGUUAACCAAUCUUCCUUUGAAGUUCCAUCUGCAGAGAAAAAAGCUCUGUUCAGACGGUCUUUGGAUAGUGCAACUACCUUGGUCUUUCAUCAACGAAGUGGGCUUCCAUUAACAUCCAGUCCUGCUCCAAUGAGAAAAUGUGGGACCUGUUUUGACUUUGACAGUUCAAUAAUAUCUGUGUCUGCCAUUAAAAGGGCUUUGUUUGAAAAAGAUCCAGAAGAAGAAAUAGAUUUAGAAAAAGAUCUGCACUUUAGUACAAGUGCACCUGCCUCAAUAUUCAGCAGCAGCUUACUUGGAACAUUUGAAGAAUCUGUUUUAAAUGGUAGAUUGGAGCCAGUGAGCACCGUAGAGGGUUUUACAGCAGAAAUCGGGGCCAGUGGGUCAUUUUGUCCACGUCACAUCAAAUUGCCUGUUACUGUAUUUUUUUAUACUUUACAUGACAUGGACAAAGUUACCUCUCCCUAUAUGGGUCAUAUAAAUUUAAAUUGUAAAGACUAUCAUGUACCUAAGAGAGGAACAGUACAAGUAACACUUUUUAAUCCGCACGACACUGUUGUGAAAAUGUUUGUUGUACGGUAUGACUUGAGUGAUAUGCCAAUCAAUUGCCAAACUUUCCUGCGCCAGCGAACGCUCUAUAUGCCAUCAGAUGCUUCAGAAAGUGAUACAGAUGCACAGAAAUGGUUGCGGUAUCUAAUACACUUAAGAUUCAUGAGUUCAAAAUCUGGUAGAAUUUAUUUGCACACAGAUAUCAGAAUGAUAAUUUUCAGAAAGAGUGACCUAGAUGCAGCUACAGUGCAUGGACAGCGACCUUAUGAACUUCGAACUUUUACACAUGGUCCUAGUAAUCCCAAAUUCUCCCCGCACAAACCAUGAUCUUUGGAGAUAUUUGGGAUUAAUUUGUACAUAGAGAUUAGAUUAUUCUUCCAAAUGUGAUCAAAUAUAUCUAUACAAAGGCCUAGUAAUAAGUCUUAUUAUAUUAUUAAAAGAUUUAAAUUAUAUUAUUCAUAUUAUAUAAAUAUAUAUAUAUAUACUUAGAUGUAUGCUAAUUUAUUGUCUAUAUUAUCAAAGUAAAGGGUGCACAAAAGA